UAUUAUCAUUAAUUGAUCGAACACGUCCGUAACUAAGUAAUAAGACCAAAUGGGGCUUCUUACCUUACUUCGAAAACUGAAAAAAUGUGAUCGGGAGCCCCGUAUUUUGAUUCUUGGUCUUGAUAACGCAGGUAAAACAUCUAUUCUGCGCAAGUUAUCCGAUGAAGAUCCAACGACGACUCAGGCUACACAGGGAUUCAACAUCAAGUUAAUUAAGUGCGAUGGGUUCAAGUUAAACAUGUGGGAUAUUGGUGGUCAAAAAGCAAUUCGGGCAUAUUGGCCAAACUACUUUGAUGAAGUUGAUUGUUUAAUUUACGUUGUCGAUUCAGCAGAUAAACGACGCCUUGAGGAGACGGCAACCGAGCUUGAUACUCUUCUGCAGGAAGAUAAGCUCCGUGAGGUUCCCACGCUCAUUUUUUCCAAUAAAUGCGAUCUUGCAACUGCCUUAUCACCUGAGCAUGUUAGCACUGCACUUAAUUUGCACAUUCUUCGCGACAGAACCUGGUCAAUUCAGAAAUGCAGUGCUAAAACAGGUGAGGGACUUCAGGAUGGGUUGAAGUGGGCUAUCGAAAAUAUUAAAUCUAGAUAGUUAUAAUUGAAUAGGUAUUUGUUAAAAUCAGUAGGUAGUUUUAUUUAUUCUUAUGAAAACUGUGUAGGUAUCAAUGCGCUGUGGUACAUACAUAUUUUUGAAUUCUAUGUACCAAGGGAUAUUUAUUUUUCAGUCCUGAAAUUGUAUAUGUAUGACUAUUAAUAUUAUUGAUACUUUAUUUGUUUAAGAAAGUAAUGUAUUUUUAU